AGUAGCGCACGUGUUUGCCGUUUACACAGUUCGCUCGGGAAAAUCGAAGAAAAUUCAUUUAAAAAUCAAUUCCCGGUCAUUUAAUAUUUUUUUUUAAAUUUAAACCCGACAAUAUUAUAUAUAUUUUUAAAUUUAAAACGCGCAUCAAAGUCUUAAAUAAAAUAAUAUUGAAGAAAAAAACGAAUUAUACGAGAAAUUUACGCCAAAGUUAAUAAAAAAAAUAGUGUGGAAAAUAAAAAACGAAAGAAUUUUAUACACAAAAAAAAAAUUAUAUAAAAGUGUCGUCGCUAGAUCAAAAACGAUAUCGCGCAGAUAUAAACUUUUUUUUUGCAUAUAUAAAUAAGUGCAACUGAAAAAAAUACACAAAAAAUCAGAAGAAAAUUCAAAAAUAAAUUCAACGACUCGUAAAUCGCGGUGUGAAGAAGUUACAUUGAAAAAUAUUUAUAUACACAACGACGAGGUGUUUUCUUAUCAUCACUUAAUACACAUAUACAAAAAUAUAGAUAAAGUUUUAUGAUUGAUAAAAAAAAAUCAUUCAUCGUGAACUAAUUCUUGGGACCUUGUUUUAAUGAAAAUAUCGAAAGAUGCUGAAUCGACGAGUCAUUGCAACAGCAAGUAGUGUGCCAAGCAAAUGGAAAUUCUCAGCCAUUCACCGAAGCAGUGAAGCACAUUGAAAAGCCGCAAUUACAUAAUUUUUCUCUCUCUCGUCUUGUAAAAUCGAAAAAAACUACUCUAACACAUUUUGUGCCGCACAACAUCGUCAUUUUUUCACAUCGAGAGGAGAGUGCACACACACUGUCUAGUAUUUGUUGUAAAGAAAAAGAAAAAAAAAACACACACGAUAUAAACGCCGCCGUCGCUAAAUUUAUCAAUAGAAGUGCAAAGCAAAAGUGUUUCGUGCCAUAUUUAUUAUAAUAGACAGAAUUUUUUGAAAUAUUGCAUUUUAUUGUCACACCGGUCAAAAAAAUAAUAAUAAUUUAAUUUAUUUUUAAAUAAUAAAAGUAUUUUAUUUACGACGACGAAGAAAAAAAAUAACAAGUGAAAUAAAGAAUAAAUAAAAUAAUAAAUCACACAAAAUAUUCAUAAUUAAUUCAUUAAUUAAAAAAAGUUAUAAAUAAAAUAUUCUGCACAACAAUGUAUCCACAAAAUAUCAUCAUGUUACUUAUCUCGACAAUUUUUGUGCUAGCAACGUUCACCACAACAGUCAUCGAAGCACGUCGAGGCUCACCUUUACUUGUCGAAGACGACGGAUCAGGUCGUCGAAACCGACCGGCCGAAUGCCAAUUUGGAAAAACUUUUAAGGAACUCGGAUCACAAUGGUUUGCGGAUCUUGGGCCGCCAUUCGGUGUCAUGUACUGCAUUCGGUGUGAAUGUGUACCGGUUCAAAAGAAACGGAGGAUCGUUGCUCGUGUCCAGUGCAAAAACAUCAAAAAUGAAUGCCCAAAACCAUCUUGCGAUGAACCAGUUUUAUUGCCGGGAAAAUGUUGCAAAACUUGUCCAGGAGACACAACGAGUCCUGACAUGGCGUUAGACGUCCCGCAACAAAGUGCCAUUGAAGAAGAAGAGCGCAACAUGAAACAUUUUGCUGCUCUCUUAACUGGUCGCACAUCGCAAAUCCUGAAGAAAGACGAUCCAAAGUUUGAUUUCAAAUACUCAACGAAUAAUCCACAAAAUAUCGUAGCUACCGGUCGCUUUACGUUUCACAAGAAAAAUCUCUAUUACUCCUUUUAUAUCUCGGAAAAGGCCACGCGCCCCAAGUCAAUUCAGUUUAUGGACCACAUGGGAACUGUUUUGGAAGAACACAACUUGGAAAUUCCAUCAAAUGGACCAUUUAGUAUUUACCAGAACACCACGAGCAAAGUUUGCGGCGUUUGGAGACGUGUUCCUCGUGAUUAUCGUCGCAUCUUGCGCGAUGAUCAAAUGAGCGUCGUUUUGUUGUGGGGUGGAAAAUAUCAAGCAGAACUCGCAUUGGCUGGACAAAUUGGAAAAUACACAGCUCUCGGUACGGAAUUGUUUAGUUCUUUGAUGGAACCUGCCCAAGGAACGAAUCCCGAGCAAAUGUCCGGAGCUGGCGGUACUGCAAUCGUUUCCACAAGCAGCGGUGCAACGUCAUCGAUUCAUUUGACACUUGUUGUGAAUGGUAUCUUCAAUCCCGAUGAAAUUUUGGAUGUACCGCUGCGCGUUUUGGUUGAAGCGACGGAAAAGGGUCAAACGAUCAUUGAAGAAAUUGUUCGUGUAAAGAAACCCUUGCAUGACAUAAAUGUGAUUGAAGUGUCAUCUCCCGUUUCCACCUACGACUUACGCAUGUUGAUGCGCGGUAAACUCACGAUCACGGUAGAAUCGAAGAAAAAUCCCCAAGCACUAAGAAUUCAAGGUCCCGUUGUCACACGUGUCACAUGUGAGCUCUUCCAAACGCUUUUGGCGCCAAAUAAGGCAGAAAGCACAACAAAAAGCAACGGACUUGCGUGGUUGUACUUGAACAAGGAAGGAUCUCUCAUCUACAACAUUGCUACGCACAAUCUCAACAUGAACGACAAUCCAGUGUUAACGAUCAUUGACGACAGUGCCAAACGCAAGCCGGAAUUGGAAGACUUGACGCCGUCAUUGGUAAAGGAUAACGCAAUGGGACACCUAGAUCGUCUUGGACCUCGUGUACUCGAGCCCUUGUACAACAAUGACUUGGCAAUUAACAUCGCUACGCAAAAGGAACAAGUCUCCCUCAUUCGUGGUCGUUUGAUUUCCCGCUUUGUUGCCGAUGCACGUGACUUCUCUACGCCAAUUUUACUGAAACGCGUCAAUCCCGCAUUGCCUAACAACAUGGUUGGCAUGGCUUGGAUCUCCGUCGAUAACAUUUGCCAUUUGCACUAUGAAAUUACCUUGACUGGCACACCAGCGCAUUACCAACCCUUGCAAUUAUUCUUGGAGGAGAUCCCAAUUGAGGCACCCGGUGCACCCGUAAGUCGUCGCUUGCUCGAAGAGUUCAGCGGAAAUUAUCUCGAAGGCUUUAACGCCACACUUCCGUACGUGGAACUAGCAAAGUUAGAGACCAGUGUCGUCUAUAUCGAAAUCCGAUCAAAGGAUAGGAACGAACCACUUUUCAAGGCCACUCUUAAGCCCACAAAGGUGCCGAGUAAAUGUUUGCCGGGACAAACAAUCAACGAAAUUCCACGAUUUCCGGACGAUAUGGAACCAAGUGACAACAACUUACCAACGAUCGAAGCAAAGUGUUAUCAUAGCCAACGCUUUUACGACGAGGGCGAACAAUGGAAUAGUGCUUUGGAACAAUGCACGGUUUGUUCAUGUACGCACGGAAAUGCUAAAUGCGAGCCCAUCAAAUGUCCCCCACUCAAGUGUCGCAAAGAAGAUAUUCGUCAAAGACAAGGCGAUUGUUGUCCUGUUUGUAUGCCAACAAAACAUUAUCACGAAACAAACACUUCGGUAUCACGUGGUUGCAAAUUGGGUGACCAAUUUCAUGCUGCUGGCUCAUCGUGGCAUCCAUAUUUGCCGCCCAACGGAUAUGAUACCUGUACUGUAUGUACUUGCGACAUUCUCACCUUGGAAAUUCGUUGCCCACGUACGCAAUGCCCACCAUUGAAUUGCCCCGAAAAACUCGCGUACCGACCAGACAAAAAGGCUUGUUGCAAAGUUUGCCCACAGGUCAAACAUAAUUCCUCCACUGACGAAUACAAAGAUCAGGGCUCGAAAACUGGAACUAUCUCGUCACCGGAAUACCUCAUGAAAACUGGUGGCUGCAAAAGUCCCAUGGGCGUACACAAGAAUGGAGACGAGUGGCAUCCAAUUAUCGCAACAUUUGGUGAACAGAAAUGCGUAAAAUGUUCUUGCAAGGACGGACAUAUGACAUGUAAUCGACUCAAAUGUUCACGACAAGCGUGUCGCGCAGCCCGAAAGCAGGGGCCACUCGCCAAUCAUCACACAAACAAGAUUGAUGAUGAAUGUUGUCAGUGCAAUCGACAACGGAGACACCAUCAGAAUCACAAGAGGAGAAACCAGCAACAACAAAAAAGUUAAAAACUCUUAAUUUUAAGGUUUAUUUUUCCCUCCCGUCUUGUAUUUUUGUUUCAUCAUCUACAUAUCUAUGCCAUACCGUUCAUGCGAUUUUAAGUUCUCUUCUUUUUGUGAACACACAAAAAAAAUAUGUAUAUCCGAUCAAUACCUCAUUCAUUCAUUUUUUUUAUAAUAAACAUCUUAUUAAUACUAAUACAUAAUUCUAACUUUUUUAUAUUAAUUAUUAUAUUGCAAGAACACACACAUACCUUAUUUAAUUGAUUUAAAUGUAUUUUACUCAUUUUGUUCGCUUCAUCAUGAAAAUAUUGCGAGUACAAGAAAUAAACAUAUUAAGAUUUACUUUCAGUGCUUGCCUCCGUUACAUUAAUUAUUAUUAUAUUAUCAUUUUCAUACUAAAUAGAAAACAUUUGAGUCUUGUAUUUGAUUACUAUUUUAUAAGAAUAAUAAUUUAAAUCAUCUAAUAGUUCGUAUGUCAAUUAUCACAAUUAUCACAGGAGCAGCCGCCGACUAAUAUUAAACACCGAUUAAUUUCUUAUUUUUGAAGAAAUUUUUAAAUUGGUGCAAAAAAAACAAUUUUUUUCUUAAUCGACACUAAAUGUGUUAGGAAAAAAUAUUCACACCCACAUAAAAACAUAUUUAUUAUAUAUUUAUAUAUAUAUUUUUUUUUUUGUAAAUUGCUGGUGUGUACUUUGUACUAAAUAAUGUGCCACCCGAAUUUUACCAACAAACAAUUAUACAUAUUAAUGAAACUAAAAUUGGACCACAAUUAACAUACAUACACUACAAAUCACAUGCUUUAUUAAGAUUUAAAGGAAACAAGUGCCUUGUUUUAGUCAGGAAAAUAUUGAAGUAAAAAAGAAUAAAUACAAUACACUUUUUGCAUAAAAAAAUAAUAAUUAUUUAAUAUAAUUAUUUCAAAAUGA